GAAUGGCCAAGAUGUGGGAAUCCAUGUGCAUACAUCACGACAACCAACUGAAGAUCGUCACAGACCUCAAAUCUCUUGAUGUUUCAGGAGCUCCCAAGGAAACCAGCAAACAUCACUAUGAGCGCACUGUCCAGCUUUGGAACGUUGUUCAAGAAUGGCAUUUGCAAUUUGAGAAGCUUGUGACUAAUCAGAAACAAUACAUCCAAGCCCUUAAUAGCUGGUUGAAGUUAAAUCUCGUCCCCAUUGAGAGCAGCUUGAAAGAGAAAGUGUCGUCACCGCCAAGAAUCCAGAAUCCCCUGAUUCAACCCCUCCUCCAUUCCUGGCAUGACCAUCUGCAGAAGCUUCCUGAUGAGCUAGCCAAAAGUGCAACUUCCUCCUUUGCUGCUGUGAUAAAGACCAUCAUUGUUCAUCAAGAGGAAGAAAUGAAGCUGAAGGAAAAAUGUGAAGAAACCAGGAAAGAGUUCUUGCGUAAGAGCCAGGCAUUUGAGGAUUGGUAUCAGAAGUACAUUCAACGUAGAACUCCACUUGAUGAAACAGAUCCCGAUAGAGUUGCAGAAGCUAAUCCCAAAGACCCCAUUUUGGAGAGGCGGAUUGUGGUGGAGAGCUUGAAGAAGAGGUUAGAAGAGGAAAUUGAAGCUCACCAAAAGCACUGUGUUCAGGUGAGAGAGAAGUCAUUGGGCACUCUCAAAAUUCGGCUGCCUGAGCUCUUCCGUGCUAUGUCAGACUACUCGCAUUCUUGCUUGGAUGCUUAUAAAAGUUUGAGACUAGUCACACAAUCACAGAACCCCAACGGUGGUCGUUCAUGA